AAGAAAUUAGAGAUGAAUUUACACAUCAAAUUACAAAUAAUAAAGUUAUUACUAUAUUAAAAAGCCGGGGAUUUUUUGAUGAUAUGCAAUAUCUAACAGAAAUACUUGUACCAAUUAAAUCUGGAAUUCUUGAACAGACUGAAAGUAAUGAGUUAAACAUUAAUGAUAUAUAUACAUUAGUUAAUUCUAUGUUCGAUGAUUUCGAAGAAGAUAACGAUUCUCAAGAUGAAGAAAUCGAUCAACUUUCU